UCUGGUCUUCAGUACAGUGUGCAGGAUGUGCAGGAUGUGCAGGAUGUGGGGAGCCAGCCUGGCUCUGCUCUACCACCUGGCCCAGGUGACAUCCUGUGAGACUAAAGUGGAGUGUGAUGAAUUCCAUGAUUUCCCUCCUAGCAGUAAUACCUCUCCGUCUCACCUUGUGGACCUGAGAGUGGAGCUAGUGACAGUGGAAGGAAAUGAUAUGAUGAACAUAAGCUGGGCAAUCAACAUUGAUGCCAGUAUUGAAUAUCUGACAGGCACCCGGAUCACAAUUGGGGGGGAAUCAGAGUACCACUGUAUAUACAACCCAGUUUUGGCCAAGGCAGACCUCCGCGGUUCAAAGGAGAAAUGGUUCCAUUAUUUAGUAAAAGCAACCUAUGGCUUGUACAUCAUCCAAGCUGCCAAUCUGCCAUUGCCUCCGCCCGAGAGUGACCUCCCUUACAAGUUUACCACAAUCACAAUACCUCGCCCAAUACGGCGUGUUACACCAACGCCUACCUUUGUUCCUAUACAUUUCACUGCAAAUGAGAUCUACGUUUCAGACGAGAGAAAAUAUGCUGUCCCUGGUAAUGUCAACUUCACCAGCAUAGCGGCGGCCAUUUUUGGAGGACUGGCCUGUUUGAUGAUCCUGAGUUCCUGCUACAUAAUCUAUAAAAGCUGUGGAACCAAUGUUGCCAACUCAUUGGGUUUCAGAAUGUUGCCUACAUCUCCCAUGACUCCGGUCCCUGUGCUUGUGGUGUACCCUGCUGAGGAUUCAGCCUUCCAGCGGGCCGUGGUGGCCCUCGCAGAGUUCCUACAGUGGAAAGGCGGAUGCAGCGUGGCUGUCGACAUGUGGCAGCAAAGGAAGAUCGCAGAGCUGGGGCCAAUGCGCUGGCUGGCAGAAAAGGCCAAGACUGCACACAGAGUCCUCAUUGUCUGUCCAAAGUCCUUUUCACUGCCCAGCCACUCUCCGCCCAACCACACCUUCCCAGAGCUCUCCAUCCCAGCUUCAGCUCACGACCUUUACCCCCUGAUUCUCAACAUGGUGGCAGGCCACGCAAAGAGUGCCAGCGACUUGGCUAAGUUCUGGGUGGUGCAACUGGGCGAGCAGCAGGACAAGAAUAGUAACCUUGCGCCGGAACUAAGGGCCUGCAAGACUUUUUGUUUGAUGAAGGACUUGAACAAGCUAUGUAGGAGUCUUCAUACCGAGAGUCGGGAUGGCAAGAAGAUAUCAGAUCUGAUCUUCAGACCGGGGAUUGCCUACAGUGAAAAGUGUACAGUGAAGUUAAGGGAAGCUGUAGAAAAGCUAGGUCAGCCAAACAUUUUCAGAGGGGCUGAACCAUUGAAAUCUGUGGUUACUAUUAUUUGAAGAUUUGUAAUGAAAAUGUUUAGAUUGAUGGAUAAAGAGGAUGGGUCUAUUUAUAUAUGUAUUUAUGUUAUCCUAUAGAUGGCAUAGACCUAGCUUAUUUUGGUCAAACUCUGGCUUGGACACUGCAGGGUGGAUAAUUGUCUCUGUUUUUUUUUUCAGGACUGCAUACUGUAGCCUAUUAAUCUACUUUGUACAACAUUAUAGUUUCUAUUUUUUCACUGGCACAAAUAAAGAAAAAA